AUGCGUGUGCUCUUUUGGAAUGUCAAUGGGGUGGCGAAGGUGGAGGCUGGUUUGAAAUUACGUGAUUUAGUUUAUGAAUAUAAGCCAGUUGUUCUUUGUAUAGCUGAGCCGAAGAUUCAUUACUCUGAUAGUGUUAUGCUAAGGUUAUAUUUAAUUAGUUUUACUAAAACCGCAAUUCAUAAUUCGACAAGCUCCUUGGGUAAUUUUUGGAUUCUUUGGAGUGAGGAAAUUGAAGAGCCAGUGGUGAUUAAUAUGACUAGACAGGCCAUUACGGUGAAAACGGAGGGGGUUAUGAUCUCUUUUGUUCAUGCUAGUUAUAUUCAGGUUUUUAGGUGGAGACUUUGGAGUCAACUUGCUGCGGUUGAUUCUAUAACUCCUUGGUUGAUUAUGGGAGACUUUAACUGUGUUCUUCGUAAUGAUGAGAAGAAAGGAGGUAGAGAACCUCGUACUUCUUGUAUUAGUGAAUUUAGUGAUUGGAUGGAGGAGAAUAAUCUUUUUGAAGCGGACUCUUUGGGUUCUAAGUUCACUUGGACUAAUGGUCAAUCGGGUGGGGGAAGAAUUCUUAGCAAUUUGGAUCGUGCUAUUAUUAAUGAACCUUGGUUAGCGAAGUUUUUGAAUUGGCGGUGUAAAGCUCUUCCUAGGGAAGUUUCCGACCAUUCAACCCUUAUUGGGUAUCCUUUUGUUUCUCCGAGGCCAAGGCGUGCUCCUUUCAGAAUUCAGAAGAUGUGGUUUAUGCAUCCUGAUUUUUUGAGAAUGGUUGAGGCUUCUUGGAAUGCUCCGGUGUAUGGUAAUCCUGAUUUUAUCUUUCCUUUCAAAUUGAAGCGUUUGAAAGAGGUUAUGAAGUUGUGGAAUCAGCAGGUGUUUGGCAAUGUUAAUGCACGACUCAAACAGGCGCAACUUAAGUUUGAAGUGGAAAGUCGUAAUUCUGAUGAGGACACCUUUAAGUCUUCUAAAUUGAAUGUCAUGAAGGAUGCCUUAGUGGAUGUUCAAGAUGUUCAAAUGCAACAUCAUAUUAUGCUCAAACAAAAAUCUCGAAACAAGUGGUUAUUGGAGGGUUCUAGUAAUACUUCUUAUUUCCACAGUACUAUAAACAUUCGUAGGAGUACCAAUACCAUUUCGGAGUUGGUGACUGAGGAGGGUACAACUAUUACUGAGACGGAUCAACUAAGGAAUCAUGAGAGUCAGAUGUUAGAUGAUGUUCCUUCUAUAGAGGAAAUCCAUGAUGCGGUUUUUGAUUUGGGGGCGGAUAGUGCACCGGGUCCGGAUGGUUUUUCAAGGGUAAGAGGUGCUGAUAGUCUAAGGAAGUUUAGACCUAUUGGUUUAAGUAAUUUCUUCUUCAAGAUUUUUACUAAAAUUCUAGCUACUAGACUUGGUAAGGUCUUGGGUAGGCUGGUCUCGGAGGAGCAGGUUGCUUUCAUGAAAGGAAGGAAUAUUCAUGAGAACAUUACUCGGGCUUCGGAGUUGGUUAAUGAGUUGCACAUUAAAAGGAAAGAUGGUAAUUUGGGUCUUAAGCUGGAUAUUUCGCAAGCUUUUGAUACUAUUAGUUGGCCUUUUGUUAUGAAGGGAAAUAUGAAAAGUUUGACAAAUUUGGUGAAGUUGUUGGAUGCGUAUCAACGAGCUUCGGUCCAGCGUGUUUGUAGGGAAAAGAGCAAAAUAUAUUAUGGUGGAGGGUCUUUAAAUAGGCGCCAAUAUAUUGCGGAUUACUUAGGCAUGGAGAUUACAUAUUUUCCUGAUCGUUGCUUAGGAGUUAAGGUGAUGUCGGGUGUGGUGAAAUAUGCUCAUAUCAGCAAUGUGGUGUACAAACUUAAGGACCAACUUUCGGUCUUAAAAGGUAAAAUGCUUUCCUUCCAGGAUAGAGUGGUUCUUAUUAAAACUGUUCUUUCCAAUUACUCUAUACACAACAUGGCUGUCCCGGUGAAGGAAGGGGGUCUUAGUCUCACUAGUUUAAGGACUAUGAACAAGGCUUUGCUCAUGAAACUAUGGUGGAAUGUAAAAACUUCUAACAAGAAGUGGGCGCGGUAUUUGAAGACAAAUUAUACGUACAUGGAUGGACGAAUUAAAUUGGCAGGUGUUAAGUCGACUAUUUUUCCUAGUAUUCGUUGGGUUCACCAGGUUGUUGAUCGAAAUACCAAGUCUUUGAUUGGUGAUGGGAGAACAACCUCGCUGUAUUAUGAUGUUUGGUAUGGAACUGUAGCUUUGGCUGAAGUUUUAAACCGAACUGACCUGGAUAUGAAUGCCAGGGUUAGUGAUAUUAUUGUGCAGGGUGCUUGGCAGCUGCAAGGAGUGCAUUUGAAUACUCUUUCUAGUGCAGGUUUUAUGCUUGAUCGGUUACCAAGUUUGCGUGUUGGCUGUGACAAGAAAAUUUGGAUGCCAGACUUGAAGGGAGACUUUUCAGUCAGGUCAGCUAGGGAACUCAUUAGGACAAAGUAUCCUAUUAUGGAGGAAGCUAAGCUUCUAUGGAAGAAGGUUAUGCACCCGUCGCUGGCUGCUCAGAACUGGAAGUUUAUACGUGGUGCUUGUGCAACAUUGGACAAAGUCCGAAGUAGAUUCAAGAUUGCUUUAGCGUCAAAAUGCAGAGUGUGUCAAAAUGCUGAAGAGUCUCUUGAGCAUGUGCUGUGGAGUUGUAGUUUCGCAACAAGGGAUUGGAACUGGAUGGAAGGUAUUUUCGGCAUUAAAACCCAUUAUAAUUUGCUUGUUUCUUACAAAAAUGCUACUCAGCGAAGUGGUAUUGUUCAAGAUCUUUGGCUGGUGGCCAAUUUGGUGGUGCGAUCUGAGCUAUGGUUCACUAGGAAUAAGAAAGUUUAUGAGAAGAAAACUCCCUGCUGGUCUUUAUUCCAAAAACGUGUGUUCAAUUUGGUUCAUGAGUAUUCGGUGAGAACGAAAAACUUCAUGCAUAAUUCACUGGAAGAUCUGAAGCUUCUUGAUUUCUUCCGUGUUAGACAUAAAAAGGUGAAACAUGCAAUUCCUAAGGAGUGUUAUUGGGAGCCGCCAAAUCAAAAUGAGCUUUUGUUGUGUACUGAUGGGACUCAAGGGGCAAUCCAGGGGUGGCGGGAGCUGGUUAGACAUAUAAAGGUGAAACACGCAAUUCCUAAGGAGUGUUAUUGGGAGCCGCCAAAUCAAAAUGAGCUUUUGUUGUGUACUGAUGGGCCUCAAGGGGUAAUCCAGGGGUGGCGGGGGCUGGUGUGGUAG